GUUGCGGUCACGCAUACGGCGCAAACGCUGCAGUAGUGAAGACAUUCUCGCGAGUUUUAAUUGCAAUAAUAAAAUUAUGUCACAAAGCUGAUAUUCGCUUCAAUAAUCAUACAACAUCAACGACAGCAGUAUUGCGAAGGAGCGGUAGAGCAGCCGACAAAAUUCCUCUCAUGGAUCGCAGCUUGGAUUCCAUUGGCAGCUGCUCACUAGAUGUUGAUGCCGAUUCAUCCGAUAUAUCAGAUACCAGCGGCAGUUUGAACUUUCCAACGCCCAUCUCGGUGAAGGACAUAACGCGUGAGUUUACGGCCAAUAUACGUGAGCGUUGCACGUUGCGCUCUCCGCUGCAGCCGCAGCCGCAGCGAACGAUAACCGCAAACACCGCCGCCUACGUCAACCUGGACGGAACGAGGACGGGUGGAGUGCGUAUGGUGCUGUCACCGCCAGUUAACGACGACGACGACGCUGUUGCAGUCGAUGAGUCGACUGCCCCAUUGGAGCACAACAUCAUCAGCAACAACAGUCUUGUUGUGGAUGCCGUUGAGAAGAAGCCGAGCUAUCUGAAUUUAGCCUGCUGCGUCAACGGCUAUUCCAAUCUGACCACUUACGACUCCAAGAUACGCCAGGAUAUUAAUAAAUCGCGCGAAGUCUCGCCCAUACGGCCCUCAACCAGCAGUCUGCAGUAUUGCAAGCGCAGCAACUCGCUGGCAGCGCCGGUGCUACACACGAUGCCAAUACAUACGAAGCAACCCAUCACGGCUGCCAGCAACACAGCCAACAAAUACACAACACUCAUCAACGAGGCCCACAACAACAAUAAUAAUAAUCACAGCAAUGGCUUGCUGGAGAAUGGCGAUCACUUGUAUAGCAAUGGUGCGGCUGGCGAUAAAUCGCAUGGCACCACAACGACCAGCAGCUUUAUUCAGCAACGUGUCGAGCGUCUCUAUGGACCGGGCGCAUUAGCGCAGGGCUUUUACAGUCCCAAAAAGCAUAGCUCCAGUUUGUCACCAGUGCCCAGGCAGAAGAAAACGCAAUAUCAACAGCAUGAACUCGAUGUGCCACCGCAGAGCACGGAGCUGUCGCGUAAAUUUAAACAGCUCUCGCCCAGCAAAGACUACGGUGAAUUCCGCAAGAAGUUGCAAAAUAAUUGCACGCAAACGGCGACGGCACGCUCGCAAUUGGAGACGUCAGCGGCGGCAACAACUGGCCACAAUGGUGAUGUGGAUUUGCCUGUAUUCAGACACUUGAGUCACGAGUUUCGCGCCCAGUUGCCAACGGUUUCGCCCAAACGCAGUGUGCCGCGCACAUCACCGGCGCCCGAGGUGCCGCUGCCCGCAACAAAUGGCAUCAAAUUGCCAGCGACGGCAACGACAACGACAAAUGUGGAUGUGGUGGAUCAUGAGCCAAUCAAGACGCCACAACUGAACUCCGAGGAGUACAUCAGCUCCACCAAGAUUGAGCCGAUAAUGAAAGCCACACCAGAAGUUGAAGAUGUCGCUGUUGCUGUCCCUGUUGCUGUUGCACAGCCUGUGGCAGUGGAGAAGGAUGGUAACUAUUUUCUGAAAAUACUCAAAGACGAACAGGUUCGUCUUCUUGCGCUGGCCGCCGUAGCUGAGAAGUAUAUCGAUGCCUUGACUAACAAUCCUGAUAUCACAGAGGACACUUUUGGUCUACUCCGUUCCGCCUCGGGCAAGGCACGUCUGCUGGUCUCACAGAAAAUGAAACAAUUCGAGGGUCUGUGUCACAACAAUUUAAAUCGGUCUCCAGAAGAUGCGUUUCCGACCACAAUUGAUGAUUUGCAAGGCUUCUGGGAUAUGGUGUACUUGCAGGUUACGCAUGUGGAUUCCAUAUUCGCUGAUAUUGAGCAAUUAAAGAGCAACGAUUGGCACCGUGUUAUCGAGCCACCAAAGGCGGACACAACGCCGCUUAAAUCGACAAAAACUCCAAAGACUGGCAAUCUAAAAACGAAAUCAACAAGCGGCUCUGGCAGCGGCAAUGCAGGAGGCGCAACUGGUAAUAGCUCGAAACCACCUGCAUCCAAUUCGGUGGCUGCUAUGAAGCGUGAGGCGCAACGCAAGCAAUUGAUGGAAAUGAAACGUCAGCGUCGUGAGGCUUUGGCCGCCGCUGCCGCAGCCGCUGCGGACAACAAUAAAACAGCCUGUGAUGGUGAUGGUGAUGCUACUAAGGCUGAUGGUGUUGGUAAUGGAGCUGUUGUUGAUGUUGUUGGUAAUGGGGAUCCUAAUGCUGCUGAAGUGCAGGCAACAACAAUCGGUGAUACUGUUAACAUUGCCGUUAAGAACAGCAGCUGAAUCGUGCUGACUGCAUUUUGUUUGUCUGCAAUAAGCAAUACACACAUGCUCUCUAGUUAUAUAUUUAGAUUAACUCACUCACAGACACACCACAUAUAUACAAACAUACAUAACACUCACUCACUCACUCAUACACACUUCAACGAAAGAAACAAAAACAAAAAAGAGAACUUAGAAAUUUCUAGUUGAAUUAAUCCUUAACUAGUCCCAACUAAAAAAUAUAUAUAUAUUCACACGGUGUGGAGCUUUUAAUAUAUCGCAUAAUAAUUUAAUCCAAAAGUGUCACAAGGUGUCACCUAUUGUCACAACAAUAAAAAUAACAACAACAACAUCAACAACAUGAGAUCCAAAAACAACAAUUAACGGCCGCAACAAGUUAGCAAGACUUUAAGCUCUUGUGUCCAUUAAUUAGACAUACGAUACAAAUACAAAACAAAUACAACCAAUCAACACAAAUUACAUAGUUAUCAUCGUUAACGGCUCGUUGUAAAUUGUUUAUAAAGUUUGCCUUAUCUACGUGUUUUUUUGCUCGUUAAAUCAUUUUGCUGUGCACUCUAAACAACAUUAAUUUGUUUGUAAUUUUUUACACAUACUCACACAAACACAUACACAUAAUUUAUAAAAGACAUUUAUUUUUGUGUAAUUGUAAUAGCAAUUUAAGUACAACUAAUGCAAAACACCAAGAAAACAAAACAAAAACUAAACAAGACAAAAAAAACGAAACUUUUGUAUUACAUAUUCAAAUUUUGUGAACGCAACGUAAAAGAAUCUAAAUUAUACAAAUAUAUUUUUUGGCAUAUUAGCUACAUGUAUUGAGAUUUAAUAAUUUGUAAGUUAUAAUGCAAGUAAAAGCAAAAAAAAAUGAUAAACAAAAAAACAAUCUCACUCUCUAUUAAUUUUUAAUGUUUUGUAAUAAAUUAUUUUUCACCUA